AUGUCUUCAUAUAAUCCAGCCUGUUAUCUCCCGCAAUCUCUGUCGUCUUAUCUUCCAAAUGCGCUCGCCUGCCCUCCACCGCCAUCCUAUGUCUCGACAAUCUACAAUUAUGCGACCGCCCCCUUCUCCUCGACAUUCGGCACAGCAAGCACAAUUCUAAGCGGACUGACGAAUCUGCCGAUGCUGAGCUUCCUCCUAAUCCCAACAUUCUCCUCAUACUCGACCUCGUUGAACCUGUUGUUCUUCUAUCUGACCUGGUCAACGCUCGUCCUCUCGCAUUCACCGCUACGAGUCGAAAUCGUCGCAACUCUCGCAGUCCGGGUGCUAUUCUAUAUCGCGCCGUCAGCCUUCUUCCUCUUCUUCGACGCCGCACUUCCUUCGGCAGCAGAACACUUCAAGACCUUGGGCGACGCGGCCCUGCCGUUCAAGAAUGCCAGCCGACAACGCACCAUUCGCAUGCUCCGCGUGCUGGGCUGGUCCGUUCUCAACGUCCUCUUGGGCGUAACGAUCCAGGCGCUGGUGGAGCUCCUCUUCACGCGCGUCCUCGUCAUCCGCUCCGCGCUGCGCGUUACCACAACGCUUCCGAUGCCCUUCGGCAUUCUCAAAGACUUGGUGCGGGGCUACCUUCUUCGCGAACUCAUCGCAUACGUCUUUCAUCGAUACACCCUGCACGAGUCCGAUAAUACGCUGUCCCGCGCGCAUCGGGAAUGGUACCAUUCACUCUCCACGCCGUUUCCCCUCGCUGGCAGCUACGACCACCCGCUUGCGUACCUCGCACGCUCCUUCCUGCCGACAUACCUCCCGGCUGUCCUUUUUCGCUUUCAUCUGCUUACCUAUGUCCUAUAUCUGGUACUCGUCUCCUUGGAAGAGACAUUCGCCUAUAGCGGAUACUCGACAGUACCGACAAAUUUUAUCCUCGGUGGUAUCGCUCGUCGGACUGACACACAUGUCCUCUGUGAUGGGAAAGGCAACUACGGUCCAUGGGGACUCAUCGAUUGGGUCAUGGGAACCAGCGUGGGCGCCGAUGUGGUCGAGGAUGUGACCAUGGAGGCGGAGAAGCAUGAAGUGCCCGCACGAGUAGACAAGAUGAAGGACCGAGCCAGGAAGAGGGUCACGGGGAAGGUUGAAGAGGCGAAGAGUCCCGGGACGAGGAGACGGACGAGAAAGCGGAGCGACAGCUGA